AUGAACAGAACGGUAACACUCACCCAGCGGACAGAUUUGCUCCGCUUCCUCAAACAAGCAUGCUCUUCCUCCCCUCUCCUUUCUCAACAAUCACCACCUAUUUCCACCUCUUCUUCCAUACCUGUACCUCAGUCUAAAUGUCAAAUAUAUGUUCUUGGCAACCCCUCUGCGGAUUUAGACUCCAUAAUCUCUGCUAUUAUAUAUUCAUAUUUUGCCACUAGAGUGGUCUCAUCUGCUUCUACCGAUGCAUCAUCAUCACCAUCAUCAUCAAGAAAUGGAGGCAAGGAAAAGUCAAUCCUCCGUCAAUAUAUCCCUUUAAUAUAUUUACCAGAUGUUCAUGCAGGGAAGGAGUUGGCGAGGUUGAGGCCGGAGUUCGUAACGGCCUUGCGACUUGCGGUGGGUUGGGAUCGACGAGGAAGAGGAGGAGGAGGAGGAGGAGGAGGUGUAACUGACUCCUGGGAAGAUCAAAAAGUCGAUGAUGAGGAAUUGGGAAGGUGUGUUUUAACUACUGCGGAUUUAAAGGAGACGUUGAUGGUUUCAUGGGCCGGUCCCAGGAAGGGGAGAGAAAAGGAGAUGACUGAUAAAAGAAAUGAUGAAGACACAAUAUCCCAGAAUGAAAACAACAGCAGCAACCCAUCAGAAGAACAGAAAAGCCUAAAUGUCAUGAUGGUAGAUUGGAACGUGAUGCCCAAAGUCCCACCAAACGGAGACGUACGUGUUAUUGAAGGGCUUUCUGAUGCACUCCCCGGUCUGCAUCUCUCCAUUGUUGGCUGCAUAGACCACCAUGAAGACGAAGCUUUUGUCUCCAGAAAUAUUCCUCUACAUCCAAUGGACCCCUGUUGUAUCGAGACAGGCAUAGGAAGCUGCACCUCGCUUGUAAUUCGUGAGCUGCGAGCUGCGGGCCUUUGGACUGAUGAGUCUUCCUCCUCAUCUUACACCACCACUUUUGGCAUGGAGACGCUCACGAACAGCUCUAAUGAUCCAUUGCUACGUGAUUCCAAAGAUUUAAGCUCCUUCCAUGAAGCCCAGGUGGCAAAACUUGCCAUGGCAGCUAUCUUAGUUGACACUGCCAACAUGACUGCGAAAGGCAAAGUAUCCGCCGUCGAUACUGCAGCCGUUCAGUUUCUGGAAACCAAGAUACAUGCAGGCAUUAGCGCGCAUUUUCGCGAUGCUAAACCCAAAUGCCCUGGUAGCAGCAGCGGUAAGGGUAAUCUGGACUGGGACCGACAGGCCUUCUACGAUGAAAUCGCCAAAGCGAAGGAGAAUAGCGUUGAUAACCUAACGGUUCUCGAGGUGCUGGGGAGGGAUUAUAAAGAGUGGACCGAUACUCUUGUUAGCAAACCAUCAGCCAGCUCCAGCGGCGACCCAACUGUGAAAUUUGGCAUCUGCUGCAUGGUCAAGCCGCUCUCAUGGCUUGUCGAGAAAUGUAUCCAAGAAUCUAAGGCUGCUACGGAUAAACCUACCACCAAAACACUACUCAAAUACCUCUCCUUAUUCGUCAGGCAAAGAGACAUCGAUCUUGUCGCCAUCAUGACAGCUUUCAGAACUGAACCAACCAGAGAGUUUCGUCGGGAACUGCUAAUAUAUGUCCUGAAUCGUGGUUGCGUUCCUGCCACGGAGAGAUUUGAGACUUCUGCGGUCGGGGAGCUGGGGCUGGAGGAGGGUAUUUGGACCAGCACCGAUGCUGAUGCUGAUUGGAUUCGAGACCCCCCCCUGUCGACUCGAGCUGGAGCAAAUGGUAAGGAUGAGGGUUGUUAUAUGCGAGUAUGGAGACAGAAAGAUGUGUCGAAGAGUAGAAAACAGGUUGCGCCGUUGCUGAGGUCGACUUUGAAUGGUGGCAGGCUCUGA